CGCGCCCCGCGAGACCGAGUUCCGACCUGCGGAGAAGGAAGGGGCGGGGCCGGGAGAGGCACCGCCCCCGCGCGUCGCGUCAGCCGCUCCUCGCCCCGCCCAGGAGAACCGUCUGGCCGAGGGGAGGAGGGGGCCUCGCGCGGGGCUGUUCAUGGAAGAGAUGUCCGGAGAGACAGUGGUGAGCACCGCCGUGCCAGCAGCCACGACCCGCACCACGUCCUUCAAAAGCGGCAGUCCCAGCUCCAAGUAUGUGAAGCUGAACAUCGGCGGCGCCUUGUACUACACCACCAUGCAGACGCUGACCAAGCAGGACACCAUGUUGAAGGCCAUGUUCAGUGGCCGGAUGGAGGUCCUCACGGACAGCGAAGGCUGGAUCCUGAUAGACCGCUGUGGCAAGCAUUUUGGAACCAUUUUAAACUACCUGCGCGAUGGUGCCGUGCCCCUCCCGGAGAGCCGGCGGGAGAUUGAGGAGCUGCUGGCCGAGGCCAAGUACUACCUGGUCCAAGGCUUGGUGGAUGAGUGCCAGGCUGCCCUUCAGAACAAGGAUGUCUAUGAGCCUUUUUGCAAAGUGCCCAUCAUCACGUCCUCCAAGGAAGAGCAGAAACUCAUAGCCACGUCCAACAAGCCAGCGGUUAAAUUGCUCUACAACCGAAGCAAUAACAAAUAUUCCUACACCAGCAAUUCAGACGACAACAUGCUGAAAAACAUCGAGCUGUUUGACAAACUCUCCCUGCGCUUCAAUGGGAGGGUCCUUUUCAUCAAAGACGUGCUGGGAGAUGAGAUUUGCUGCUGGUCGUUUUACGGCCAGGGACGCAAGAUUGCAGAAGUGUGCUGCACCUCGAUUGUGUACGCCACCGAGAAGAAGCAGACCAAAGUUGAAUUCCCAGAAGCCCGAAUCUACGAAGAGACCUUGAACAUCCUGCUCUACGAAGCCCAGGAUGGCCGAGGUCCCGACAAUGCGUUGCUGGAGGCCACCGGGGGGGCAGCCGGGCGCUCCCACCACCUGGAGGAGGAUGAGGAGCGUGAGCGCAUCGAGAGGGUCCGCCGGAUCCACAUCAAGCGCCCCGAUGACCGUACUCACCUGCACCAGUGAGCAGCUGUAGUGGGCCGGCCCCUUCCCUCCGACUCGGCCGGCCUCCGGCUCGCUGCCAGGACUGUCCUUUUCUACCGAGAGUAUUUUUGGUAUCUGACGAUGCAGCGUGUUGUAAGCAAAGAUUAUCCCUUGUGACCAAGUCCGGGGUGCAGGUCUGGGCUUUGCAGCACUUCUGAAUUCCUGUCCUGAGCUUGGAGAAAACUGCUCUUUGGGUAGGAACACACAGCAGCCUCUGUUCGGCUUCAGCCUCUCUCUCGGUGGAGUGGGCUCCUUCAGGGGAGCCUUUUUAGAAGUCUGGAGGAGCCCUCAUUCCCACGGAGAAAAGCUGUGGCUAAACCCCUUUGCCACCCAAGGGAGGUGUUCCAUCUCCUGUUACAGGAGGAAAAACAGUGGUAGGACCAGGCAGGAAGGUCCCGUUUUCUUCACUUUUCCCCAAGGAUGGCAGUUCCCAUCUUGCCUUCAGUAGAUGCUGCAAAGUGCACCUGUGGCCUUCUUUCUCAUUGCCCCCUCCCCAUUCACGAGUCCCACCUUCUGAUCCAAGACCAAAGGCUCAAUCUGCCAAGCAAUGAUCUUCUGGCCGUGUCCACGUGUGAUUCGGUCUCCUUAUUCUGGGACCAGCAGGCUCUCCCCGGCUGUACCGUCUAAAUUAGAAGCCAUUUUGCAUAUGGGCCGAACUAAAGCCCUGAGGCCCUGGGAAGAUGGCGCCCACCAGUAAGACUCCUUAGGCGUCUCCCCUUGGCCCCAUGAAGUUCAGAAGAGGCACUAAAGCCCCUUGGAUUGGAAAAGGUGCCUAAGGAGGGAGAACAGGCGGCUGUUUCUGCCCAGGGCUUCCAUACAGUAUGCCACUCUCAGCCUCCCACCCAGAGACCCCUCAGCUCCACCCCCAAAGCCCCUAUGUAAGUGAGAAAGUGCCUGGCUGGCUGGAAUCUACAGAAUCCAUCUUGCUGCACCAGGUGGGAGUGAGAAGGCCUUUAUUCCUUCAUGCUUUAAUCGAUGUCUGUUGCAUCUCUCCGAGCCUUUAUUUGACAGCAGAAAUCUUAUUUGCAAUUUGCAGUGUGAGUAGCAGAAAACCCAAAGAUUAAGCUGCGACUGGAGAUCGGCUGAGUUAAGAUGUUCUGCAAAGUGUCCAAGGCUGCAGACCAAAGUCCAGAAUUAGCUUAAUUCCUGUUUCCGUUUAGGAAAAAGAGUGUUUAUUUUGUGCGUUUCAGAGUUUAGGGAGCUAAACCAGCGUAGCCAAAAAACAACUGUUGAAAGAUGCUGCAAACCAAAAUGGCGGCAUCAUAUUACAUCGUUCAGUGGAUCCUUUGCUGCCUGUUAAGGCUCUCCCCGGGAUAUUUAUUUUCAGGAGUUGUGUUUGUUCCUGAGCUGUGGAAUUGGAAAAUGUCUUUCUGGAUGUUUCCCGCCCAGAGGAAGGGGUGGGGGCGCCCUCCGUUUCCUCUUUGGGUGAGGGAGGGGCUCUUGGUCCAGGCAGGCAGAGAGGACCAUCAGCUCCCAGAAAAGGAAUCGCCUGAAAUGGUCAAGGGGACCAGUGAGGAAAUGUUUUUGGGGUGGGAUGACCAGGACCCCAACCCAAGAAAGAGCAGCUCCAAGCUUUCAUCUCUUUAGCCUGUCGGUGAGGUAUUUGAAUCAGAUUUUAACCACUCUUGACCAGCCCCCCCCCUCCAGCGAGGGAUCAGAGUGGACAGGAGUGCCUGCAUCUGUGUUCUAGACUGUCCUUGUGCAAUUCUAAUUCCAAAAACAAUUUUGGCCAAAGGAAAAGUUUGCCCCCCCCCCAGCAGUGCCUUUGCUUUCUGGCCUCAAGGCAGCCGCGGGUCUUGUGAAGAGCAGCAAACCGGUUAUAGAACAAGCCCCCCCCCCCUGCUUUGACAUGUGAAGUCAAGCCUUGCCUUCUCCAAGCCUUCUUAAAGGAGCCGUGCAGGAAUCGGUCUGUGCAGAAUCACUUCCUCCUCUCUGUUGAUGUGAUUUCUUCUGUUUGUAAGUGUUUCGCAUUUGACAUAGAUUUUAAAUAUGGGAAAUAAAUUAGACAUGCUUCCUA